UAUCGCUUGAGUGUCGCCUUUCACUUCCCUUUCACCAAUUCUCAUCUGCCGUUGUCAUUACAGAUCUAUAUCGAGUCUUGUCCGCCCAAAGAAUAAUCCAUUGAUCGUACCCUGAUCUCAAGCAGAAUUCUCAUUGCAUACUGCACCUAAAAAGGUCCCAGUCCCACACACCUCCAGCAGGAUGAAGGCAAUCCUUAUCGAAAAGUUCGGAGGCCCAGACUCCCUGGUAAUCAAGGAGAUCCCCCGACCCGAACCCAGGACCGGCGAACAUCAAAGUCAAAGCCUUCGGCAUCAACCACGCGGAAAUGCACAUGCGCAAAGGGGAGUGGGCCGAGUGGAUGCCCGUGAGCGGGAUCGAAUGCGUUGGCACAGUCGUGGAUUGUCCCGGGGGCGAGUUCGCAGAAGGGACCGCCGUGGCCAGUCUGAUGGGCGGCCUCGGGCGCACCAUCAACGGCAGCUAUGCCGAGUACACCCGCGUACAGGCUUCCAACGUUGUCGAGCUCGGCCCAGGGGCAUCGACGCUAGGGUGGCAUCAGCUGGCUGCGAUCCCAGAGUCCUACGCCACAGCCUGGACGUGUCUGUUCCGGAACCUCGAUCUGAGGAGCGGGCAGACGUUGCUGAUCCGUGGCGCGACUUCAGCGUUCGGUCAGGCAGCAUUGAACUUGGCCGUGGAAAAGGGUGCGCGUGUUGUUGCGACAAGUCGCCAGGAGAGUCGCUUCGCGCACGUAAAGGCUCUGGGCGCCGAGCGUGCCGUGGUGGAAGGGCCCGAUCUGUCGGAGCGGCUGGCGGAGAGAUUCGACGCUGUCUUGGACUUGGUUGGCAACAGCACGAUACUGGAUUCGCUGAGAAUGGCGCGACGAGACGGAAGGGUGUGUCUGGCUGGGUUUCUGGGGGGUUUGGCUCCGAUCCAGGAUUUCAGCCCGCUCCUGCAGAUGGCCAGUGGUGUACAUUUCAGCUUCUUUGGAAGCUUCGUAUUCGGAACCCCGGAGUUUCCCCUAUCUGAUGUCCCCCUCCAGUCUAUCGUGAAGAUGGUUGCCGAUCGAAAAUUCACAGCAGAGCCGUCGCGUGUUUUCCAAUUUGAUGAUAUCAGGGAGGCACAUCAAGUGAUGGAAGCUAAUCAAGCCAAUGGAAAGAUGGUCGUGGUUGUUGACAACUAGAGUUGUCUUGGUCACGGAAAGAAUAGCUGGUCCUCCAGCGCAUCCAGUGAACAAAACAAAGCGUCCGGAAUCCGGAGGAAUUGGCCAAUAAGAUGUUUAUAAUCAGUAAAUUUAACCACUCCCAUGAAUGCCACCAUUUUCUCAAGCGAGCCUAAAAACCAGCCUCGCAGUUCUUCACUUAGGCACGAAGCACAAGCACCGACUGUC